UCCCCCUCACUCCACCAGUCGUCCACUCCCUUCACUGUCUCCAGGACAUUGUUUUUCCUCUUGCUCAAUGGACGAGGAGACCACGUCAUCAGCUCGCCUUCCAGACGACCAGCCAUAUAGCACUAGGCUCAGUCCACCACUAGACUACCGCAACACACAGGCUUCGUCUCUAUCCGCCAACGUCCCUGAGCUGGACCGUCGCGACAGUCGA